AUGGCGGCCGCGGCGCUGCUCCGGGGAGCGGUGGCGGGGUUCGGCAGUGCGGCCCGGCGCUGGAGGCCCCACGCGGCCUCCAGGCGCUGUGUGGCCCAUGGCUCGGGACCGGUCGGCAGCGACCCCGCAGACGGGGCGGCCUGGACCUGCUUCCUGCUGGCCGACCGGGUUCUCGUGCGCGUGCGCGGCCCGGACGCCGCGCCCUUCCUGCUCGGGCUGUUGACCAAUGAGCUGCCGCGUCCGGGUCCUGCGGACGGCGCAACCUCAUCCUUCGCGCGCGCCGCGUACGCCCACUUCCUGAACGUGCAGGGGCGUACGCUGUAUGACGUCAUUCUGUACGGACUCCCUCAGCACAAUGAGGAGGCUCCGGGUUUCCUUCUGGAGUGUGAUGGCUCUGUGCUGGACCCCCUGCAGAAGCACCUCGCAGUGUACAGGAUCCGACGGAAGGUCACAGUGGAGCCGCAUCCAAACCUUCGUGUAUGGGCUCUGCUGCCCGGAGGCCCCCAGGCUGCACCGCUGCAGGAGAGAGCAGAAGCCACCGUCAUCCUCACGCCUGACCCCCGGACUGCAUGCAUGGGGUGGCGGCUGCUCACCCAGGGUGAUGGCCCAGCCCUGGUGCCCAAAGGCCAGCUUGGAGACCUCAGGGAUUAUCACAGGCACCGGUACCAGCAAGGUAUCCCCGAGGGGGUCCAUGACCUUCCCACAGGGGUAGCCCUGCCCUUGGAGUCCAACCUGGCCUUCAUGAAUGGUGUGAGUUUCACCAAGGGCUGCUACAUCGGGCAGGAGCUGACUGCCCGAACCCACCACACGGGCGUCAUUCGCAAACGCCUUUUCCCUGUGCGGCUUGCGGGCCCCCUGCCUGCCCAGGGCAUCAGGCCUGGCACCUUGGUGCUUACUGCUACAGGACAGGCAGCCGGCAAGUUUCGGGCCGGCCAGGGAGAUGUGGGCCUGGCUCUUCUGCGGUCAGAGACAAUCAAGAGUCCUCUCCACAUCAGGACCUCUGAGAGCCAGCAGGUGGUUGUGAUGGCCUCGGUGCCGGACUGGUGGCCCACAGCCAAGUAGCCCUGGACACCUUGGACUUCUGCUUGCCUUAGGGUUACUAAGGUGCCUCAGAGCCUCGGUUUGAGGUCUUCUGGCUUUUCUGCUGUGUUCCACUGAGUCUGAGUCCUUAUUCCUAUGGUGGUCCCCGGCCGGGAAAGGCCCACUGUGGCCCAGGCUGUUCAUGGGCCUUCCUCCACUGAUGCCUUGUGCACAUAUCCCACACCCAGGGCCUGGCCUCUUUCAGGAAGAUCUGUUGCUGAGAACAGAGGAACCCUUCUGAGGCUGGGCCUGAGCCCCUGCUUGGACCAGACUCUCAAUGGGGUUACACAGGUCGCAGGCCAACGAUGAGGUGAGGGCUCUGUCCAGUGUCAGGUCCUUCAGCCAUGUAUCCCGUUGGGAAGGUGCCCUGGGAACCUGCUAGGUUGCUGGGUCUUCCUUGAACCACUUCUCAGGGCAGGAGUCCUGUGCUGCUGUCUGUAGCUUGGGGACACUAGAUCUCUUGGGACUGGGACAUGUGCUCUGGGAGCCACACGUUUCACACCCCUUGUUUUCAGAUGUCUCUGUGUCGCUGCACACUCCCCAUGCAGUGGUCUGCUCAGCCUGGUCCUCCACUCUCCUUAGGAAGGGGGAGCUCGGGACACAGUUCCAUGUGGGAGAGGCUUCAACUCUGGCUAACCUGUGUGGUUGGGGUGCCACCAUGAGCUUUCGGUAAGGCAGUGACGUGCUGGCCAGAGGUGCAGUGCUCCUCCCUUGGAACCUCCUGUGUAAUGUGAACCAGGGGUCUCACUUCAAAACAAAAUUAAUGUGUGCCCCACAAGGAGCCCCUUUAGAACUCUGGUUUUAUUUCAUGGUUCUGGUAGCACAGACCCGUGGGACAGCUGUCCCUGCAGAACAGCAAACACUGGAUGGAUUCUUUUUCUCCUGGGACAUGGCCUUUCUGUGCAGCCAUGUGGCCCAGGCUCGCCUUGAAUUCAUGAUUCUCCUGCCUCAGCCUUGUGAGGAUGAGACUUACCAGCAUAUAAUCAUGCCCUGUGUCAUCACCUCCAUGCUACUGGGACAAACCUCCAAAGCAGACAUAGUUUAAGGGUGAACAGCAUUUAUUUCAGGCUUAUAGAUCUGUGGGAAGUUCCCUAAUAGAAGAAGCCGCCCCCUUUCCCAAAUCCACACAGAAAGACCACCACCAGCAAGCCCACUCUAGAGCCUCAGGCAGAGCUCAAGCACUGUGUACCUGAGGCUGGAACUCAGAUCCACCCCAGUAACCCCUUAGGGCUGGACCCCAGGAUCUGCCCACAGUGGCCCCUCCAGCCAGAUGGCUGGAAGUCCAAGUUACAGGCUUUAAUAACCACCUGAGUCUAUUGGGGGACAUAACUUCAAACCACCACACCCUGCAAGACACAUCAUGCUACAAACCAUGCUGAGCUGUCAGGAAGUGGGUAGGCUGAGGCCUCAGGGCUGGGGUGGGGGGGGUAAGCCGUUUUAUUGUCUGUAAGGCCACUAAAAGGGGACUACAGCCUGGUUAGCCUUCUUGGAGCCAGAAGGAACCAAAGACCUGUGACCUCAGAGGCCACCUGGGAUAGGGUCCCAGGUACACUGAGCUUCAAUGCAGUUUGCAGCAGCCCAAGAGGAAGUAUCCUAGGGGCUGGGGGGUCACCUGAGUGUGCCAUAGCAGGAACAAUCCGAGGUGUGUGGGUAAAAGAUUUAUCAGACCUGGGUUGAUACAAAAGCUUUAAUAAAGAACAGACACUGGAUAGAAACAAACACAAGAGGCAGAGAGAAUGAGAAUAUGACCCUUUGGGAAGAGAUGGGUCUUUUUGUACUGGUUGAGAGAUGUUAUUGGCCAGCUGAGUGAGGCUGUGUUGGAAUAAAAUUCGAGAAGGCAGCACUGUCUUGAGGUGGUAAAUCUCAAUGAGGUGCCAGGGUCUUCAGAUUGUUUGGAUAAGACAUUGCAAAUCAUUUGGUAAGGCUCCAAGCCAUGAGUCUUACUGCUAGUGAACAGGGAACUCAGCCUUUUGUUUUUGGCCUUUAAAAAAAAUUUUUAAGGGGCUGGAGAGAUGGCUUAGUGGUUAAGUGUUUGCCUGUGAAGCCUAAGGACCUUGGUUCAAGGCUCAAUUCUCCAGGACCCACUUUAGCCAGAUGCACAA